AUGCUGCCGCCGGGCCGCAAUGGCACCGCGGAGCGGGCGCGGUUGGAGCAGCAGCAGCUGGCGCAGCGGGGCGCCGCGGGGGGCGCGGAGGGGGCGGCGCCGCUGGGGCCCGCGCAGGUGGUCACCGCCGGCCUCCUGACCCUGCUCAUCGUCUGGACCCUGCUGGGCAACGUGCUGGUGUGCGCAGCCAUCGUGCGCAGCCGCCCCCUGCGCGCCAAGAUGACCAACGUCUUCAUCGUGUCUCUGGCUGUGUCCGACCUCUUCGUGGCGCUGCUCGUCAUGCCCUGGAAGGCGGUCGCUGAGGUGGCCGGUUACUGGCCCUUUGGGGCCUUCUGCGACAUCUGGGUGGCCUUUGAUAUCAUGUGCUCCACCGCCUCCAUCCUGAACCUGUGCGUCAUCAGCGUGGACCGCUACUGGGCCAUCUCCAGGCCCUUCUGCUAUGAGCGCAAGAUGAGCCAGCGCGUGGCGCUGAUCAUGGUCGGCCUGGCCUGGACCUUGUCCAUUCUUAUCUCCUUCAUCCCAGUUCAGCUCCAUUGGCACAGGGCCAAGGCAGGCUCCUGGGGCGGGGUGGAACCGCCACCCAGCCUGGCCAACGGGACGCCCUGGGAGGAAGCGGGGGAGCCAGAGGCGAGGGCCGAAAACUGUGACUCCAGCCUGAACCGAACUUACGCAAUCUCCUCUUCGCUCAUCAGCUUCUACAUCCCCGUGGCCAUCAUGAUCGUGACCUACACGCGCAUCUACCGCAUCGCCCAGGUGCAGAUCCGCAGGAUUUCCUCCCUGGAGAGGGCCGCGGAGCACGCGCAGAGCUGCCGCAGCCGCGCAGCCUGUGCCCCUGACACCAGCCUGGGGACGUCCAUCAGGAAGGAGACCAAGGUCCUCAAGACCCUGUCGGUGAUCAUGGGGGUCUUCGUGUGCUGCUGGCUGCCCUUCUUCAUCCUUAACUGCAUGGUCCCCUUCUGCAGCGGGCGCCCCGAGGGUCCUCAGGCUGGCUUCCCCUGCGUCAGCGAGACCGUCUUUGACGUCUUCGUCUGGUUCGGCUGGGCCAACUCCUCCCUCAACCCCGUCAUCUACGCCUUCAACGCUGACUUCCGGAAGGUGUUUGCGCAGCUGCUGGGGUGCAGCAACCUCUGCUCCCGCACCCCGGUGGAGACAGUGAACAUCAGCAAUGAGCUCAUCUCCUACAACCAGGACACCGUCUUCCACAAGGAGAUUGCAGCUGCCUACAUCCAGAUGAUCCCCAAUGCCGUGACCCCGGGGGACAGGGAGGUGGACAAGGAGGAGGAGAGCCCUUUCCAUCAUAUGUCCCAGAUCUCCCAGACGUCCCCAGAUGGUGACCCUGCGGCCGAGUCUGUCUGGGAGCUGGACUGCGAAGGGGAGAUUUCAUUAGGCAAAAUAACACCUUUCUCCCCAAAUGGAUUCCAUUAAACUGCAU